AUGCUAAUCAACGCCAGGCGCCUUACCAUCAGCUUGUGCUAUUUGGCGACGCUUUGUUGCAAGGGUCAAUUGACGUCCGUCCAAAGUGGAUUUUCCUUCCAAGCCGCGCUCCAAGCUCGCUUGAUUCGACACCUUGAUGUGGUAAACCGCGGGCUUGCGGGUUGGAACACUCAGAAUGCUCUCGAGUAUCUGCCCAAGAUAAUACCCGAGCCCAAUGCUCUGUUGCCGAAACUGGAUUAUCUGAUCGUUUUGCUUGGUGCCAACGACGCUAUUAUCACCCAUCCUGCGUCAACGAGGGAUGUACCCGUUACCCAAUACAAAGACAAUUUGACACGCAUCAUCAACCACGCACACAUCAGAUCUCACGCACCUACAAUUCUCCUAGUCACACCGCCUCCUGUUGAUGAAACAACCGUCAACGAGCUUGGCCAUGAGCCCCGGUCUGUAAAUCACACGACCUUGUACGCUGAAGCAGUUCGGGAAAUUGCAAAGGAAAACCCUGGGGUGGUUCUUAUUGAUCUAUGGAAAGCUGUGCUCGACGAAGUGGAUCUAUCUGGAAGGCAACUGAAUCAGUUCUUUACCGAUGGAUUACACUUGAACGGCGACGGCUAUAGGAUUUUCUACGAUCUGGUCAAUCCACAUGUUCCUGAGGCGGACACUUCCCAGUAUGUGUACCCAGACUGGCAAGAUUUCAAUAGAGCAUGCAGAUAG